AUGUCAUCGCAACCGAACACCACCGUGCUGGAUGAGCACCGUGACAUCCCGUACAUCGCGACAGAUGCCAGGAAUCCGCUGCACGAGUUCGACUUGUACGUCCCGAAGAGGCGGGAGAACCUGGAUACGCGGCUACCCCCGCUGGUCUGCUUCAUUCACGGCGGCGCAUGGCGUUCCGAGGAUAAGGCCGAACACGCCGGGCUUGCUCGACGACUCGCUGCGCAUACCAACUUCCCCGUGGCUGUCCCUAAUUAUCGUCUCACUACCGCCUCAACACCCAUUCGUCAUCCAGGACAUGCGGAGGACCUACUUGCAUUCUUGCAUUCCCUUUUGACUUGGUCUGGUCCGCAAGCAUCCGCGCCUACACCGCCGUAUGAUCCGACCCGGCUCUACCUCAUCGGCCACAGCUGCUCGGCGCAUAUGCUCACGUCCAUAUUCUUGCAGCCACCCGAACCCGCGUCGGACGCCUCUCCGCUACUGGCGUCGCCAUCUUCCACUGCAUCUGGCGUGCCUUCACCUCCACCGUCCCCAAUACCUACUCCAGACACGCUUGUGCCUUCACCGGCCUUACUUGCCGCUACCCACGCUAUCGUGAUGUCCGAGGGUUUAUACGACCUUGACGCGCUCUUGGUCACGUACCCCGCGUAUAAGACGUGGUUCAUCGCGCCCACAUUCGGCCGCUUGCGUUCAUACGCGCCGUGGAACACCGCUUCUUACCAAUUGCGCCCGGGGGCAGAGCAUCUGAGGUGGCUCAUCCUGCACUCGAAAGGAGACACCUUGGUCGACCAAGGGCAGAGCGAACGGAUCUGGGGACAUUUGACAGAGCUCUAUGGACAAGACGUGCAUGUAGGCGACAAGGGUGGACCAGUGCAGAGGGAAUGGGAGGUGCUCACGGAGGAGCACAACGAGAUGCUAGCCGGUGAAGUGUACCCGCGCCUCGUAGGGGACUACAUUCUGGCCAAUAUCCAGUGCCAAGAGUCAGCUGGCCCGUCCUAG